AUGAUCGAGGAGCUGCUGGAGUCGCGGUUGGAGGAGUGGCAGGUGGCGGACUUAAGGAUUGCGAGGGCGUGUGCGGGCGAGACGGUGGAGCUCAUCAACCGAGUGUUGGACCUCGCCAAGCUGCAGGCCGGCCGCCUGCAGCUCGAGACCCUCCCCUGCUGCCUGCGCCGCAUCGUGCGUGAGGCGACCGCACUCGCUGCCUCUGAUGCGCACACAAAGGAGUCGCACGUGACAUGCCACGUGGACGAGAGUGUGCCAGCUGUCCUCAUGGGGGAUCCGACUCGCCUCUUGCAAGUCAUUGGAGAGCUCACGGCCCACGCCAUGGGCAACACCACAGGGGGCCACGUGACCUUACAUGUCGGCUGCAUCCCUCCCCCACCUCCCCUCCCCGCUUCCAUCAACUGUUUCGAUCUCCACGGCCCAUCCACCGCCUCGCCUGCCACUCACCCUCCCUCAAAUCAUGGGGCCUCCUCCACGUGGCAGCAGCUGGCUGCCUGUGUGCGCCGCUUCCCUCCCCCCACCGCCCUCGCGUGCCUCCCUCGGAUCCAGGCGGGAAGGCCGGGCGGCGGGGCUAACAGCAAAGGGGGUGAGGAGCAGCGGCGGAUGGGGUUGGUUGAGCGCUGCUGCAGGCGUGUGGCAGCGGCUACAGGCAUGGGGGCGACAGGCAGAGGGGAGUUUGAAGGGUCAAGUGGGAGGGGGGGGGAGGAGGGACAGGGUGGGGAUGGGCGGUUGGAGGAGGAGGUGAGGGAGUGGGUGGAGGAGGCAUGCAGGGCGAGGGAGGAGGGUGAGUGGAUGGUGGUGGUGGCAUGUGAGGACACGGGCGGUGGUAUACCUCCCGAGGAGAUGCGGUGGGUGCUGGAUCCACAUGGAGACUCCCACCACGCCGCUCAUACCUCUCAUGCACCGCCUACUGAUGCUGAUGCUGAUGAUGGUGAUGCUGCUGAUGAUGGUGAUGACAGCGAUCAGGAUGAGCAAGGUGUCAAGGUGGCGGAGAUGCGGGGAGACAUGGCAGUGCUGUCAGACGCCGCCACAGGCACCACCAUUCUGCUGGCGCUGCCCUUGGGGGGAGUGGAGGACGAUGACAGCUGCGGGGACGGGGAGUGGGAUGAGGAGGAGGGCGGUGGGGAAAGGGAUGAGAGCGGGUCGGGAUGUGAUGAGGAGUGUGUGGAACUUGCGAGUGGCACAAAGCCAGGCAUGCCGCAGCAGGCAUGUGUGCAGCAGCAGCAGCAGCAGCAGCAGCAGCAGCAGCAGCAGCAGCAGCAGCAGCAGCAGCAGCAGCAGCAGCAGCAGCAGCAGCAGCAGCAGCAGCAGCAGCAGCAGCAGCAGCAGCAGCAGCAGAGGACUCACUCUCACCUCAAGCCGCAGGCCUUAGAGAAUGCAGAAGAGGCCAAAGGGGAGCCGCCAGCGGCGGCGGCACAGGCAGCAGCGAAAGAGGAGCCGAUACCAGCGGUGGUGAAGGGGGGCCGGCGAACAGCACGGUCGCAUUCUCUCCCCAAGCCCCAUUCCCACACGGAGGGCCUGGGAGACGCGGAGGCGCCGGCCCCAGCGGCGGUGUCGGGGCGGCAGACAAGGCGGGCACACUCGCUCCCCAGAAUGCGUGCCGAGACGGAGGGAGCAGAGGAGGCGGAGGUGCUGGUGCGAGCAGUGGUGACGGGGCAGUCGGUGGCGGUGGUGGAUGACAACGCGGUGAACCGCAUGGUGGCAAGGAGAACGUUGCAGUGCUACGGGGCGCACGUGCUGCUGCUCCCCUCCGGGGAGGAUGCGCUGCAGGCGCUCUCCUCUUCUUCCUCCUCUGCCACUACCUCCUCCCCGCCCAUCCACCUGCUGCUCCUCGACCUGCACAUGCCGCCCGGCAUCGACGGGUGA